UGGCUCUCGGAACUCCUGCGUCUUGAAGGUCGAUGCGGCUUCACCGACGGAUCUUGUGCCAGUUGCUGGAAUGCUCCAGGAGACUACCGCUGUGAGGACUGCGAAGACCUACAUUUAUACUGCAGGACGUGCACCCUCAAGCGACAUCAACGGAACCCUUUCCAUCGUCUGAGGGUUUGGUCCGGAACUCGUUUCACCAGGACAACGCUCAAGGAAGCAGGGCUCCGUAUACAACUCGGGCACCCGGUCGGCGAACAGUGCAACAAUCCGGUCAAGUCAUUUGCGGGCGACUUCGUCAUACUAGACUUGUCUGGUGUGAAUGAGGUCGCGGUCGAUUACUGUGGCUGUGAAACUGCGCAAGCCAAAUCAAUUCAGUUGCUUCGCGCGCGGCUCCUUCCAGCCACGGGCAUCGAUCCAAAAACAGCAGCGACGUUUCGCCUCAUGGAGUAUUACCACCUUCUGCAUAGCCAGUCAAAGGUCUCCGGCUUCGAGUUCUACAAUACGCUUGCUCGUCGAACUGACAACACAGGGACACAUGAUGUGAAGGUGCCGUGCAUAGCCGCCUUUAUACAUGUCGCCACACUCACGAAAUUCUCAACAGUCUAG